UCUUGGUGUCUCGUUGCCCUUUGGAGGAAAUGGACUACAAUUCCCAGAGGGCCAAGCGGCAGCAGCGGGGUUCCCGCACUCUCUCAGCGGCUGGGCGGCUAGUUCAAGUUGCCAUAGCGGCGAGUCUGGGGAGGAUAGAGUCGGUUGCGCCGCAGUGUUUGGUCAGUUGCACCUUCUAGGUGACUGGAAGCGGCGGGAACUGGGUAGGGCCUCGGCCAUGAAAGGGCGCUAAGGACCCGGAGUCAGCCCCUGUCUCAGGACUUAUGUACAUCAAUGGCAGAAUCGUCCAGUGAUUCAGACCGCUUCCACUGUCAUGACCGAUUGAGUCGAUGGGCUGCCAGGUCAACUCACAGGGGAAUUCGAAGUCAUCCUGCAGUAGACGUCACCGAGAAGGUCAACACUAUCACCAGUACUUUACAGGACACCAGUCGAAACCUGAGACAAGUGGACCAGAUGCUUGGACGAUACCGAGAAUAUAGUAAUGGACAGGCUGGUGCUAUAGAACAAUUAAAAGAAAGCUUGGAACAUUCAAUAGGUCAACUACGGAGUCAGCGUUUAUUGAGAAACUCAGGAGCAAGAAGUAUUUCUGUUACAAGUCUGAGUGCCAGUGACUUUGAUGGUGACACUGUGACAGAAAGCCACCGCAUUCCACCUACCUCACCUCUCAAGGACUAUGGGGAUUCCCAGGGCAUUAAACGAAUUAGGUCCAAAACUGGUGUCCGGUUUGUUCAGGAGGCUGAAGAUGUGGCCCAGCUUCAUGCUUUUCAUCAGUCCCUCCGAGACCUCAGCAGUGAACAGAUUCGCCUUGGAGAGGAUUUCAACAGGGAACUUUCCAGAAGAAGCCGGUCAGAUGCCGAAACAAAAAGGGUUUUGGAAGAAUUGACCGAAAAACUUAAUGAAGCCCAGAAACAAGAAGUGGUUUCAGAUCGGGUGGAGCGGAGGCUUCGGGAAAUAGAAAGAGAGAUGCGCACAGAAAGAGAGCUGGUGGAAAGGCGUCAGGAUCAACUGGGUCUUAUGUCCUUGCAGCUACAGGAGGCCCUGAAGAAACAAGAAGUUAAAGCAGAUGAGAAUGAGGGUGUAAUCAAAAAUAAGCUAAGACAAACUGAAAAUGAGAAGAGUCAACUGGAACAGGAAUUGGAGCUAUCUCGAAGGUUACUGAAUCAGUCAGAAGGCAGCAGAGAAACACUUCUGCAUCAGGUACAAGAACUGCGAACACAGCUAACAAAAGCAGAAGGUGAUCGAAAGGGUCUACAACAUCAAGCAUCUCCAGUUACCAGGCAACAGUCAAACCAUCAGGAUGAACAAGGGGAUGACUGGAAGUUUAGAAGAGGGGUAGAGCGGGAAAAACAGGAUCUGGAGAAGCAGAUGACAGAUUUGAGAGUGCAGCUGAACUUCAGUACAAUGGCAUCCGAGUUAGAGGAAGUAAAGCGGUGCAUGGAGCGCAAAGACAAGGAGAAAGCACAUUUGUCAGCACAAAUACAGAAUUUAACACAUGAAUUGGAGAGCAGAGAAAAACAACAGCUGCACAUGUUGGAUCAACUAAAGGAGAUCCAGAAUCACUUUGAGACAUGCGAGGCCGAACGCAAGCGUGCUGACCUCCAGAUCUCAGAACUGACGCACCACGCAGAGGAUGCCACCAAGCAGGCCGAGCGGUACCUCAGUGAGUUGCAACAGUCGGAGGCCCUGAGAGAGGAGGCGGAGAAGAGGCGAGAAGACCUGAAACUGAAAGCUCAAGAAUCCAUUAGGCAGUGGAAGCUUAAGCAUAAGAAAUUAGAGCGAGCAUUGGAGAAACAGUCUGAAACUCUUGAUGAACUGACAGAAAAGAACAAUCAGAUUCUGAAAGAAAAGGAUGAGUUGAAAAACCAGCUUUAUGCAGCAUUACAACAAAUAGAGAGUCUUAGAAAGGAGUUGAAUGACGUCUUAACCAAGCGUGCCCUUCAAGAGGAGGAGCUUCACUCUAAGGAAAAGAAACUGAGUGAUGUUAAGUCUCAUCAAACUGAACUUGAGCUAGAAGUCAAGAAUUCCCUGGAUAACAUCCACAGACUAGAAAGUGAAUUGAAAAAGCAUAGUAAGAUUCAAAACCAGAUGAAAGUUGAGAAAGCUCACCUGGAGGAAGAAAUCACAGAGCUAAGAAAGAGCCAGGCUCAGGACAAAGCUAAGCUUCUUGAGAUGCAAGAGUCCAUUAAGGACUUGAGUGCCAUUCGAGCAGAUCUUGCUAACAGAUUGGCUGAGGAAGAGCGAGCCAAGAAAGCGGUCCUCAAGGACCUUGCUGACCUCACAACACAGGUAAAGUCCAAGGAUGAAGAGGCAGCGACAGUCAUCACACAAUUAAAGCUGGAGCGAGAUGUUCACCAGAGGGAGCUGGAAGAUCUCACAUCCUCAUUGCAGAGUGUGAAAACGAAGCAUGAACAGAAUAUCCAGGAGCUGAUGAAGCACUUUAAGAAAGAAAAGACUGAAGCUGAGAAUCACAUUAGGACCCUGAAGGCCGAAAGUGUAGAAGAUAAGAAUAUAGCUAAAGUCCAUCGUUGUCAGCUAGAGAAGCUGAAGUCACAGUGUGAGAGACUGACAGAGGAGUUAAGCCAGAAUGAAAAUGAGAACAAAAAGUUGAAGCUAAAAUAUCAGUGUUUGAAGGACCAGCUAGAAGAAAAGGAGAAACAUAUAAGCAAAGAAGAAGAGCACUUAAGAAGAAUGGAAGAGGCCAGACUGCAGCUCAAGGAUCAACUGCUUUGUCUGGAGACUGAACAGGAGUCCAUUCUUGGGGUGAUAGGGAAGGAAAUUGAUGCAGCUUGCAAAACCUUCUCUAGGGACUCCAUGGAAAAAUUGAAAGUUUUUUCAUCUAGUCCUGAUAUACAUUAUGACGCACAUCGCUGGUUAGCAGAAAGCAAGACUAAACUUCAGUGGCUCUGUGAGGAACUGAAAGAAAGAGAAAACAGAGAGAAAAAUCUGCGACACCAGCUGAUGCUCUGCAGACAACAACUCAGGGACCUGACUGCCAAUAAGGAAUCUGAGCUCCAGUGCCUCUUUGAACAGAUAGAAAGGCAGGAGCAGCUGCUGGAAGAAAUCCAUCAGGAGAAGAGAGCUCUUUAUUACUUCGUACCUACACGGAUUGCAGAAGCUUCUUAAUUGCAAGAUCAUCUUAACCUGUAGGCCCUGCCUUCCUCUGGACUGGUCUUCACCCCUGUGACUGCUAGAGCCCAAGACCGAUGACUUUCCCAGGCAGCGCACUCCUGUGGGUGUUUUCAAGGUCACUCUGUUUCCUAGGCUCCAGUUAACUGGUUCUUAACCGUUUCUCUGCUGUUUAAUAAAGUAUUUGGUAAGAGUUGACAUGUUAAAGUAGUAUCCUUGAAUAUGCUCAAAUUAACACACAAAGGACAUAAUUCAAACUUUGGUUUUAUAUUUUUUAAUUUUUUUGUAAUAGAUUACCUGUAACACACCCACAAUUGACUUCUAGCUAACAGUGUUUUAUUAGACAAACCAAACCAAGCACACAUACACACUACAACACAUUGCUGUUCUAAUCAGUUCUGCAAGAUGAAUCUUCAUUACAGCUUUGUUUCCUUGACUUCCUGGCUCAGAAACCUUGAGUGAUUUUCCUACACCUGAACAAAUAAUGUUCAUGGUGUUAGAAGGAACUUCAUCAUGUUUUGCCCUGUUUUCCUAUGUAAAUUGUACCCUUUUAAAAAAAUCAUACUUUCUAGUGGAAAUUUUUCCUUUUACUACUCUAUUGGUAUUAAAACUUUUGAUUAUAAUCACAUAAACUUUCUGCAAGUAUCUAUUGCUGUUUCCUCUAGAUAUUUGCACAUACGUAUUUUAUAUUGGGUUUAAUACCUUGUUUUUAUAGAUUCUUAUUUUGCUGUUAUAUCUGGAACCAAGCUUUAUACUCAAAUACAAAUUUUCAUUAUAAACAUACUUAAACAUAUUUAAUAGCUGUAUGGGUGGGUGUAUGGAAAGUUCACAGUUGUAUGGAUGGAUAGGAUAGAGGGAUAAAUGUGUAGUACAGAUUUAGCCUAUUACCUCUUUUUCCCAUCUAUUAUGGUAUCUUCAGCAAAAGUUUCAUUUCCUUUUUGCCUCCACGUGAGACACCUCGCCCUGUUCUGCCAGGUAAAGAGAAACAUAAGUAGUGAUCCAUUCUUAUUUCUCCCUCAAGUCAAAAGACCAAAUAUGAAUUAUUGGACAAAAGCUCUGAAUUAUCCCAACAAAUUAUUCUGAUAAUAUACUUUAUUAGUUUAGCUGUUUUCACUUUGUCUUUUGAAAUGAGGAUACCUGAUAGUAAGAGAUUCCUUCUCCUAUUUAUCUUUUCAAAGUAAAGUCCUUUAAAUUCUCUCUACUAGCAUUUGGAGAGACUUAAUACAAAUAUCCUCCCUCCUAGAUCUGAUAAGCAGUUCAUCGCAUUAAUCAUGAGACUAUAGAUUUGCUUUUUUUCCUAUUGAAACUUAUUGAUCUUGGAUUGUGGGUAUUUAAAAUAGAGGAUAGCAAUGUAAACCUUGAAAAAGUUGCUAAUUACAAGUGAUGUUAAAUUUUUUUGUUCACCUGUUCACUUUUUCUCCUUGAGGGAAGGAAGUAGCGCAAUAUUUCUCGAGGGCUUGGAAAUAUGCAGAUUUUCUAUGAAUUGUCUCACUUAAUCUUUUUUUUUAAAGAUUAAUUUAUUUGGAAGUCCAAGUUACACAGAGAGAAGGAGAGGCAGAGAGAGAGGGAGAGAGAGGUCUUCCAUCUGCUGGUUCAUUCCCCAGUUGGCUGUAAUGGCCAGAGCUGCGCUGAUCUGAAGUCAGGAGCCAGGAGUUUCCUCCAAGUCUUCCACAUGGGUGCAGGGGCCCAAGGACAUGGGCCAUUUUCUACUGCUUUCCCAAGCCAUAGCAGAGAGCUGGAUUGGAAGAGGAGCAGCCGGGACUCGAACCAGCACCCAUAUGGAAUGCCAGAACUGCAGGUGGUGGCUUUACCCUCUACACCACAGUGCGGGCCCCUAUCUCACUUAAUCUUUAAACAACUUUGUGAGAGUGUUAAUCCCACUUUAUAGUUGUGGUAGCUGAGGCUGAGAGGUAAGAGGUAUAACUUAUUUCUGCAAGAUUAGAAAGUGAUUUCUUGAUGGGAAAUGGUUUUAUGAAACUCAAACUUGUGUACAUUUAUCACCUAACUGAGUCAUUUUGGCUGUCAUAUGAUUAAACCAGAAGAAAUGCUUAUUCAGAAAGAAAAAUUUUAUCGUUAGAUAUUAACUCAUAUUUUUGGUAAGUGCUGUAGUAAUUUUUGUGGUAAUAUUUAUUUAUUUUUACUUAUUUGGGGGGGGGGAGAUUUGACCCACUACAUCACUCCCUAAAUGCUUGCAAUUGGCCCAGCAGAGCCAAAUUGAAGCUAGAAGCUAGGAACUCAAUCCAGAUCUCUCACAUUGUUAGCAAGCAUCCAACUACUUGAACCAUCACCUAUUAAUUCCCAAGGUACACAUCAACAGGAUGCUGGACUUGAGAGCCAAGUUGUAUCUGUAACUCAGACACUUCUGGGAUGAGGGUGUCUUAACCCCUAGACCAAAUGCUUGGCCUCCUAGACUGUUUCUAAUAUUUUCUUUCAUGUUGUUUUAGUAUCUGAUAGUAUACUAAUUUCUUGAAUAAUUCACUGGAAAAUAAGUCUGAAGACCCAGUUAAUGAAGUAAUUCUAAUGUUUUGGUAUACAACCUUUUUCUACCAUUAACAGGAAACUAAGAGCAUGCCUGUUCUCAUAAAUACCUUCACCAUGAAAAUAUUAACUACCUCCUAAUCAGUUACCCAAUUACCUUUCUGUUGUGUUCUUAAAAUUCAGACUGAUUGGGGCCAGCGUUGUAGUGUAGUGUGUAAAGCCAUCACUUGAUGUGUCGGCAUCACGUUUGGGCACUCAUUCAUGUCCUGGCUGCCCCACUUUCAGUUCAGCUCCCUGCUGGUGGCCUGGAAAAGCAGCAGAUGAUGGCCCAAGUACUUGGGCCCCUGCCAUCCAUCUGAGAGACCGAGAUAAUCUCCUGGCUCUUGGCUUUGGCCUGGCCUAGUCCCAUCCAUUAUGACCAUCUUGGGGGUGAACCAGUGGAUGUAAGAUAUCUCUCAGUCUUUCUCUUUUUGUCUCUCCCUCUCUCUCUCUGUCUAUCUUUUAAUAUAAGUAGAGCUUUAAAAAAAUUGAUGCUGAUUAACACUGUAGUUUUUAGGACUACCAAUUAGAUUGCAUAGUCAUGUACAUAAACUCCAUGCAACAGCUAUGAGAUUUUUUUUUAAAGUUUAUAGAAAAUGUAUAAUGAAAAAACUACUCAUGGAUUUCAAACCUUUUUUUAUACAAAAAUGAACUAAUUCCAUUUUCCAUUAACUUUAUGAAUUCCUUUGUAUUUUCAAGAACUUUUCAGUCUGUAACUUACACUUUUGUGGUUAUGAGAAAUAUGGCUCUCUGAAAAGCUUUCAAAGGUUAUUGGGGUCAGAAUACGUAUAUCUGAUUUUAUGUUUCAUAGUUUCUUCUUCGUUUUCACCUUUAAAACAGUCAUAUCUCCCACUAGGACUUCAACUAUGUCUGACAAUAUUAUAGCAGUUGCCCUAAGGUUAACAUCUCUCUCUACCUUCUUGUGUUCCAAGUGUAGAAUAAUCCAACGUACUUUAACAGAGAAACACUUUGAUCUUGGGCAAAGAGAUCUGAAAUACAGCUGGGACCUAAGAAUUCUUUGAAACUGUGAGGCUACGAGAAACUAAAAUGUCUAUGGCAGUUGGAAGGAUUCCUUUCUCCUUUCUUCAAAUGUAUUUGGAAGGGGAGACAUCUUAUAUGGAAUAAUUUAGUAGGAAGGAAAUACUAAUUAUUAAGAAUAAAGAAGUUCUCUUAUUUUUUCUUAGUCUGAAAUGGUAAAUUGUUACUUCAGUAUGGGACCACUCUUGCUUUUCAGGUGUUAUGAGAUUGCCUAUUUAAUGGAUAUACUCCAAUAAGGUAUCUGUCUCUUGUUCUUCAAUAUCAAGGAGGCCUCUGUUGGGUACUUUUUAAUAUUUGCCUCAUUGUUCAUGCUGAGGUUAAGAUCAUUUUAAGGAUAGUACAAGGAAGAGAAAAUGACUACUGGUGUAAUAUGUCUCCUGAGAUACUCCCUGAACACACCAGUCCUCAUAGUAUUUCACUAAAUCAGUUUAUUGUAAUGGUGUUUGGUGAGGGAGGAGAGGAGAUGCAAAUGCAGUUUCAUGAACGAUCUAUUUUUAAGCAAAGAUUUUUCAUGUAAAUUUAGUUUGAAGAUAUAUUUGAAGAACCAUACAGGAAAAAUAAAAGUAUCUUUUUCUUCCAAAGUAAAAUCAGCCCAUCUUGGGACUGGAAUGGAACCUGCUAUAAGCAUUCAAGAGUAAUCAAGAACACAAGUUAUGUGCUCUCAGUGAUGGGUUUAAUUGACAGGAAACAGAAUUCACUUGAAGAUUCUUUGGCUUAAUGUUGGUGGCAGCGUAUGCCCAAAAUUACAGUUGAAAGACAAUAAAAGUAACUACUUAAUAUGCAGUUAAAUUCCAGUUUGAAAAUGCAACCAGAUCCUAGUAUAUUUAUACUGUUCUGGAAUAAUUAUAUGUGCAUAUACAUUUAUUAUGAUUUUCUAUACAAAUCUAAAAAUUACCAUGUUUUGUCCUUUUAAUUCAGAGAGAAAUAAACUCAACUAUUAAGAGAGAGAAUAAAGCUUUAGUUAAAUACAUUGGGAGUUCAUAAUUAAUAACUUUGAAUAUUUUUCUGCCACAGGUAUGAAUUCAGUAUUAAUGCUUUUACCACUGUUUGCAAAGAAAUACAUACCUGUGUGUUUUUUCCUCCUCUGUUUUCUGAUCUGUGGAGCAAUCAUUUAAAAUGUAUUUUCUGGCAAAUGGUUGCUUAAAAAUUUGUUCUUUCCACCCCCAAGUAGCUGCCUCUGACACCUGGAAUGAACCAGGAUGGAUGUCUGUAUUUCCUGCUGAGGCUUCUGUACACAGGAAUUUUAUAUUUACUUAUUGAUUUUAUUUUCAUUUUACUGUAAAUUGACCUGUAUUUCAUCUUAUUCUAAAAUGCCUUGCUGCUUAACUUCUAUGACUCCCCUCCACACACACAUACCCAGGUUGGACUAUAAUCUUAUUUUUGUGUAAAUCCUGGUGUAAGGUUGGUGUUGGACAAGACAUAAAUGUUAUUUGACUUCAGGUACGUGUCUCCAUGUAAGCCAAUCUGAACUCCUUCACAGAGGCAUUGCAUGGAUUCUUUCAAUCUCCAUACCUCCAUAACCAUGUUCAUGACUAAGCUUCUCAUUACUUUUCCACAGCUUUAGUUCCAUUCUAAUGUCUAGUUUAUUUUUCAUUUGCAAUUUUAUGCAGCUUUUUGUCAAGUGAAUUUUCUUCCAGGAACACCACGAAGUGUACUCUCCCUGCUUUGAAAAUUUCUAGUUCUCAAAUAUUUUAUUUGCCUUCCUUCUUCUUGGUUUUAAGUCUAUUUUUCUUUUAUAGUUGAGUAGUAAUUAAUCUAUACUCAUUUCUUUCUUGCUUAUUCUCUUUGUAAUAUCCAUUUAUUCAUAUUCCUACCUGGACAAAAGCUUUAAUGAGAUCCAUGGCCAUAUAAAACACAUUUGGCUGUAUGGUUUACUUUUUUUUUUUUCCUCAGGUUCAUUUUGUGCCAUUGAAAGUACUUGUCUUGCUCAGGCAGUCUGUGGGCAAGCCAAAAGUAACUCAUUACCUCUGAGGACUUAUUCGUGUUUUUGGAGUGUGUGAUGUUCCAUUGAAUUCUAUAUGUGAAAGAGAUACACUGUUUGCUCUUAGGUAAUUUAAAGUUCUAAUUCAGGUUAGAUAAAGAUUUAUACAAAAAUUUACCUAUAGAGCUGUGAAAAUUAUUAUACAGUGUGACCAUAUGUUUUACGUAAGGGCAGUGGAAUGGCUAUAGUUCUUUGUGUAAUUGUUUGUUUGUUUGUUUGUUUUUUUGGUGUUUUUUUUUUAAAUGCAGAUUUGUUCCUUGCAAAAUAACCUCUGAAGGAAUCUUUCCUUCUGUCUCUUGAGAUUAUGAAAUGCUAUAAAUGCCCUGAGGGAAUAUAUAUUGUAGGUUAUAGGAGCCCUCAUGAAGAUAACAUUUCCUUUGUGCUUUGUGGUAGUAGGAAGUUUCUCUACCAAUGAAAUGUUGUAACCUCCCAUGUGCCUUGGUGAAAUCAGAUUCAUCUGGGGUGUAUUGGUAAUAGAAGAUAGGUGAAGCAUAUUGGUUUCUGAACCUCAGGGGAAAAAGGAGGCGCCUCCAUUUGGGGGGAUUUGGAAAUUAUGUGAGAAAAUAGGAGCUGUGUGGUGGUUGCCUACAAGAAGAAUCUUAAAGGAGAAUCUUAAAGAAUCUUAUUUUUAUGUUUCUGGAUAGUACCUCAUUUUACUUCUUUUCCUUUCUUAUUCCAGGGGAUGCAAUGGAAUAAGUGAAUGGUUAGAGCGUUUACUGAGGAAGAGUUGUUUUGGGGAAUAACAAGCCUUUUCAGAUCUCUUUUGCCCUAUUCAGUUUCUAAGAGAGUUGCAAACGUAUCUGAACCAUACCAAUAUCUGACCAUUCCAUUUAAUUAUUUGAAAUUAAUAUCAUUUAAGAUUUUCUGUUCUUUUUUUCUGCAUAUUUUCUCCAGAAGAUUUUCCUCUGAGGUUUUAGCUUUGUGAGUUACAUAUUCUCUGACUAAUAUGAAGUUCUUGUAUCAAAUUUCAGCAUGUUAUAAUUCUUGGAAUCAGAACAUUUCCUGCUUGUACAUUGAAUUUUCAUCAAUUGUGGGUCAUUCUUGAUGGGUAUAAUUUGAAAUAAGGGGACUUGUGUUCUGGAAUAGAUAAUAGUGGUAAAGGAGGCGUAAAUUUUCUGUACUAAGAAGCCUUGGAAAAAUAAGAAUGAGGUAAGCUAAAGUUAAGAAUUGCAUUCCAAUGGCCAAGAGACAAAACUAACCAAGCAACAAAACCCCUAUUGGUGUGUAAUAGAGGCAGGUGGAAGCAGAAUUUAAUAACAGGUGCCUUAAGUAUUUUUGUCUUCAGAAACUGACGUACAGUAGGUGCUUAAUAAAUAGUUGUUAAGUAAAGUAAUGAGGGUAAACAAGGAGGAUAGGGGAGUUAAAGUACACAGUCAUAAAGGAUGAUCGCAUGGGGAGCAGUCUUGGGUGGAUGUGGGGUGAAGGCAUUAAGCUUCUCAGUGCACUUUUUUUUUAAUUUAUAAGUAUCCUAUUGAAAUUUUAGGAAGAGUUUCUGAACUUUUGGUUGAAAUUAAAUGGUAUAUCAAAGUCAGUUGUAAGGCCUCACUGUUAACCACAAAUAUGUAAAAUGUCAUUCAGUAUCUUUUUUCAUGAUGUGUCUUUAUUGUUAAUGUGAAUAUAAAAUAUUUUACAUUAUUUAUGGGUUAAUUUUGGAUCUUUAACUUUUUCUGUAUAAUCGUAAAUUUUUUUUUCAUUUUCGAUUCUCUUUAUAUACAGAAGAUCAGUUUAGCAUACAUUAAGUAAAGAUUUCAACAGUUUGCUCCCACACAGAAACAUAAAGUGAAAAAUACUGUUUGAGUACUAGUUAUAGCAUUAAAUCUCAAUGUACAGCACACUAAGGACAAAGAUCCUACAUGAGGAGUAAGUGCACAGUGACUCCUGUUGUUGACUUAACAAAUUGACAUGUAAAUUUUAUGAGUAAAAGGUAGCCUCUUUUUUGAUUUAGAUACCUGACACUAGUGAUUAGAGUUGAUGAUAAAGGAAUUAAGUUGUUUAAAAUUAUUCCAGGUGGCCUUGUUGCCUACUUUGAGCAGUGGUCGGCCUCUCCACAUAGAACUCUGGAGUGGGAGAUUCAGAAUCCAAUCUCUUCUCCCUCCCCCUCCUGGUUACAAAUCACUUGAAAUUUAUAAGUUAAUGGAACUUUGCUUGAGUGAGAUUUUUUUGAUCUUCAGCUACAUUUUUCAGCUUUGUGAAGAACCUAGCAUCAAAUGCAAUGGCAAGCAAUGUUACCAACAAGACAGAUCCUCACUCCAUGAACUCCUGUGUAUUCAUUGGGAAUCUCAACACUCUUGUGGUCAAGAAGUCUGAUGUAGAGGCAAUCUUCUCGAAGCAUGGCAAAACUGUGGGCUGCUCUGUCCACAAGGGUUUUGCCUUUGUUCAGUGUGUUAAUGAGAGAAAUGCCUGAGCUGUAGUAGCAGGAGAGGAUGGCAGAAUGAUUGCUGGCCAGCCAGGUGUUAGAUAUGAAUCUGGCUGCAGAGCCAAAAGUGAACUGAGGAAAAGCAGGUGUGAAACGAACUGCAGCGGAGAUGUACGGCUCCUCUUUUGACUUGGACUAUGGCUUUCAACGGGAUUAUUAUGACAGGAUGUACAGCUACCCAGCACGCGUUCCUCCUCCUCCUCCUCCUCCUAUUCCCCGGGCUGUAGUGCCCUCCAAACGCCAGCGUGUAUCAGGAAACACCUCAAGAAGGGGAAAAGUGGUUUCAAUUCGAAGAGUGGACAGCGAGGAUCUUCUUCCAAGUCUGGAAAGUUGGAAGGAGAUGACCUCCAGGCCAUUAAGAAGGAGUUGACCCACAUGAAACAAAAAGUGGAUUCUCUGCAGGAAAGCCUGGAAUAAAUUGAAAAGGAGCAGAGCAAACAAGGAGUAGAGAUGAAGAAUGGUAAGUCAGAAGAGGAGCAGAGCUGCAGCUCCCUGAAGAAAGAGGAGACUAGAAGAUGGAGUCUGAGGGGGGUGCAGAUGACUCUGCUGAGGAGGGGACCUACUGGAUGAUGAUGAUGAUAAUGAAGAUGGGGGAUGACCAGCUGGAGUUGACCAAGGAUGAUGAAAAAGAGGCUGAGGAAGGAGAGGAUGACUCUUCAGCACAUAGUGGGGUUUAGGAAUCUUAUCCCAUGAUUUCUUUACCUAGGCGCUUGUCUAAGAUCAACAUUUUCACCAGAUCCUCUCCCCUGGUAUCUUCAGCACGUGCUCACUGUUCGCCCCAUCCUUGUCCUUCCCAUGUUCAUUAAUUCCUAUUGCCCUGCGCCUAGUCCCAUUUUCACUUCCUUUGAUGCUCCUAGUAGUUUUGUUAAGUCUUGCCCUGUAAUUUUUGCUUUUAAUUUUGAUACCUCUUUAUGAUUUAGCAAUAAAAAGGAUGUAUGGUUUUUUUCAGCUGUCUCCAAAAUAAUCUCUUGUUAAUGCAGGGAGUACAGUUCUUCCCAUUCAUGAGCUCAGUAGUUGCUUCCCUAACUGCAAAAGCCAUCUCAUUUAGUUGAGUAGCAUCUGCAAGCGGCGAGCGGCUUUGAGUUAGAAGUAUGUGCUGCUCCACAUACAGUGCUGUGUGGGGCUGUUCAACACAACUGUAACAAUGUAUUUUUGUGAAUGAGAGUUGGCAUGUCAGAUGCAUCAUCUAGAAAAAAAAGUAGUGUAAUAGUCUUAAUAUUUGUUUUCUAAAGUUGAUACUGUGGGUUAUUUUUGUGAACAGCCUGAUGUUGUGACCUUUUUCUCAAAAUAAACAAGUCCUUAUUAAACCAGGAAUUUGGAGAAAAAAAUAAAA